AUGCACAAGCGCGUGAAGCCAAAUACUUUUGUGAACUACAUGAAAAGGAAGACGGCCACUGUCGAGCACGGCUGCCGCGUGAAGGAGGACGCGCGGGGCGCGCCCAAGGUGAACUUCCCGGGCGGCUUGCCCGAGGGCGCGCAGCAGUUCGAGAAGCAAGCGGAGGAGUUGGAGGAGUUGUCCGUCGUGGGCGGCGGGCCCCCCGACCACGAGACGUACUUCUUCGUCGACCAGCAGCGCGCGCGGAAGAAGCUCGGGCCAGGCGUGAAGACCAUGGAGUUCUUUGUGAAGUCAGCGACCAGGAUGCCUUCGGACGCGGCUGCCGGGCCGCCCGUCGCUUCCGAUGCCGGGGGCCCUGGUGAGGUUCGAAGCCCGCAGCAGGACAGUGGCGCCUGGGCCGGGAGGCCCAGUCCAGGGGUUGCGGCGGGUGCCAAGGGAAACCCCUUGAAAAGGCGUUCCUCGGACGAGGCCGAUGGGGAGGCGCCCGCGGCGAAAAGGGCCAGGUUCCGAUUGCAGACAUUGCGGGACCUGCGGGGCAAUAUCAAGAGCGCCGUGCAGGCGGGCCACUGGACGAGCACGAACGCCCUCCACACUACCACCGUCUGCGUGCACGUGAGAGAUGCCCACGCGAUUCUGAAGGAGUUGGGCGCGGAGGCCGACGCGAAGGAGGCUGGUCUCGUGACGAAGUUUACGAACUUCCUGGCGCGGACGUUCCUCGCGGCCCCUGGUUUCGAGCACCUCCAUCUGUUCAAGGGCACGUUCACUAGCUUGAAGGAGCUGGGCGGGCAGGAGACCGGCGAGGGCAAGCUCCUGGAGGCAUUGGCCGUCAUCGACGCCUCUUCGGACGCCGCCCUCGACUGGUCGCAGGCGGAUGCUGUCGCCCGCGUAGCCUUCCGGAGCAGUGCCAUGCACAAGAGCUUCGUGGCGGCGCGCGUGGAGGACAAGGUGCGCCAGGCGCGGCUCGCUGGCGGCCAGAGGCGGCUGGACAUCCUGCUCGGACGAUCGAUCGACUCGGCCAUUGCGCUUUUCGACGUGCGCGUGCCCCUGGGCAUCCGCAUCAAGCACUUCGUCUUGUCCCCGCCAGCCGUCAAGCUCGCGAGAGAGUGGGAUCCCGAUGGCACGAUGGGGGCCGCGGCGCUGGUCCUCAUGGAGACGCCCGACGUGAAGGACGUGGCGUUCGACGCUUUCGUGGAGGUGGCCCGGGCCGUCGCGGAGGAGGGCGUCGACGUGCCAAACCCCGUGCUGAAGUCGGCGGUCGGGUUCGUGAAGGCCGUCUCGCCGAACGCCUCGGAGGCGGGCCAGGGGUGGGCGAGUCGCCUCUUGCAGGAGAGCUUCAAGGCCCGCUCGCUGUCGAGGGUGAGCGGCGUCGACGCCGCCUUCGACCCCGUGGCAGUUGGUUCCGGCGGCGAGCGCUCUGCGGACGCGUGCCGGGCCACGAAGGAGUUCUUGUUGUUCCUCCCGAAGGGUGCGACCGUCGACUGGCUGCAGGUCUGGAAGAAGCACCGCGACGAGGAGAAGGCGAAGCAGGCCAGAGAGAAGGCGAACGGGGCAGGGAAGGGCAACGACGACGCCAAGGGGGAGCACGGCGAGUCUGCCGACAAGGAUGCCAAGGGGGACAAGGUAGACGCCGCAGCUAAGGGAGGCGUCGCAGCCGAGGAGGGGGGGCAGAAGGAGGCGGGUGCCGCAGCCAUGGAGGACGCCGCGGCCAAGGAGGGCAUUGUGCCCAAUAUGGUCGGGGCAGCCGGUGCCCAGGGGGCCGCCGAGGGGCAGGCGCAGGGGGUCCAGAAGAUCGGCGACGCGGUGAUCGGGAAGUCCCACCAGCAGAAGGACAAGUUCAGCGACGAAGAAUGCGAGGCGACGCGCGUGCUGACCAAUCACUACAAGGUCGAGCUGCUGACUGGGGCGGCCGCGAACACCCCGAACAAUGCGCACAAGUACCUGUUCAAAGACGUGCGGGCGAAACCGAGCGGGAGUGGUCUGCUCAGGAAGCUCGCGGGAAAAGCCGCGGCGCCUGCCAAGCAGGCGCAGCCCGGGAAGGGCGACAUGCAGGAAGGGCGUCCAAGGGCCACCCAAGGGACGGGCGCGGGCACCAGCAGCGAACGGCAACCAACAGCAGCUAGCAACAACUAG